AGGUUAUGGGCCCAGGGCACUGCUGUGUGUCAGCAUUCGCGAAUUUGAAUUUGUGUGAUAUAUGUACUUGUGCGCACGCGUUGUUGUGUAUUAAUAUAGCGAAAGACUGUGUGUCGGUAUUUAAAUUCGUAAACGCAAAUAAUUAUACUGUCCGUCGGUGUAUUAUAGUUUAAAAGACAAUGAGUUCGUUUUUCCAAAUCGAAAAAUUGGACGAUUCCAAUUACGCGUCGUGGUCGGUGCAAAUGAAAAGUGUUCUUGUACACUCCGAUCUGUGGGGCGUUGUGUGUGGCCGUGAGGUCAAAUCAGACACUAUGACGAAUGCGGAAAAAGCGGCAUGUGAUAUUAAAAAUGAAAAAGCAUUGGCCUCAAUUUUACUUUGUGUAAAACCGUCACAAAUAAACCAUGUGAAGCAUUUGACAAGCGCAUUGGUAGCAUGGAAUAAGUUCCGCGAAAUACAUCAGCCAAAAGGGCCUGCGCGAAAGAUUUUGUUGUUUAAAAAACUAUUACAACUAAAUAUGUUUGAAGGGACUGCUAUUGCAAAUCAUAUAAACGAAUUUUGUUGAAUUCGCGAGAGUCUCUCUGAAAUAGAAGUUGAACUUCCAGAGGAAAUAUUAGUGAUAAUUUUAUUAUCAAGUUUGCCGGCGCAAUAUGAAAAUUUAGUUGUUGCAAUGGAAACACGGGACGCAUUACCCUCAUUUAAUGCGUUAAAAGUGAAAUUACUGGAAGAGGGUGCGUGGCAAAGUGCAAUUGAAGAAAAACAAGAUAAAAGUACAGAAGUGCUAAUGCAAGCUAAGACAUGUGUAUCUAGUAAUUUCCAGAACAAAAACAAAGCAAGCGUAGCAAACGGUUUAGGAAACAAUAACAAGAACAGUAAAAACGGUAAAAAUGCCAAGUGUUUCAAUUGCGGUCGGCGUGAACAUUUCGCAGCAGCAUGUAGACAGACGAAAAAGAGUGUGUUCAUACCAAAUAAACACAUCCGUGCAUUGUUCUCCUAACUCGUCUAAAUACGAAUUAGAGGACAAUGCAAAAAACACCCAACAGCGCCAACAUAACAGCGAAGAACCCAACAAACAGAAUAACACAAUAAAACGAAUCACCACAGCGAUCGGACAGACGGCGCCAAAGCAGCAGCAGCAAUAACAACCACAGCAGCAUCAGCAGUAACAACAGCAACAGAAUAAAAGGUCUCAACGCGGGCAUAAAUAACCACAUCAGGAUUUCGGAUCAUCAGGAUUUUUGCACAUACAUAUUUUCACCCACCCAAUCAACCGUAUUUUGGAUCCUCCGGAUUAAUAUUCCCCCACCCAAUCAACCACUUUGGAUUUAAACAAACUUCAUCAAUUAUCAACAUACGUGGAGAAAAAAUUGUCAAAAUAAUUGACAUCAAAAACUCCCUCAACGAGCAGCUGUUAAUUUGGUGUCAAAUGCGUUUUCAUUGUGUCAUAAAAAUUCAUCAAAUGUCGAUAUAGCAGUGCAUUUUAAAAACUGCCGACAAUAUUUGGCGUCAGAUGAUUGACAACCCGUUUUCACUAUAGAUGUCACUUUUGAACAGGCAGUUUGGACAGCUGAUUGCAAACUCAAUUAUUUUUAAAAAAGUGCGUGAAAAAAGUGAAAGGAAAAGAAAAAAAUGAAUAAAAAUAAAAGGAUUGCAAUAGCAACAGCCGCGCUAUUUGUAGUAACAACAUUAAGGGCUUGGAAAAGGAAGCGGACUCAACAAAGGAAUCUAAAACGGUGGUGGAUUCGACCAGGACUAAGGAAUCGUUCCACCUGUGGUUUUUAUAAUACACUACGAGCCAAUUUGGUUUCUCAGGAUUCAAAGUGGUUGAAGAACUUCCUGAGGAUGACUAUGGAAGAUUUUGACUUUUUAGUGGCGCGCCUUACUCCACAUAUUUAUAAACUAAAUACAAGAUUCCGUGAAGCGAUAUCGGUCGGUGAAGGACUGGCGGUAACACUACGCUAUUUAGCCACAGGAGAUAGCUUCUCAAGUUUAAUGAGUGUUUUCCUAUUGGGAAAAACUACUAUCUGCCAUGUAGUGCAUAACACGUGUAGUGCAAUUUUUAAAGCUUUAAAGGACGAGUUUUUAAAAGUUCCAAACACUCAUGAGGAAUGGACAGAAAUAGCGGAACGUUUUUACCAGCGAUGGAAUUUCCCUAAUUGUUGCGGUGCGUUGGAUGGGAAACAUAUAGCGAUUCAGGCGCCUGCGAACUGCGGUUCAGAGUAUUUCAACUACAAGAAAUACAAUAGCAUCGUUUUGAUGGCAUUGGUUGAUGCCGACUAUAAAUUUUUAUUUGUUGAAGUUGGAGCUUAUGGUCGGGAAUCUGAUGGAGGCGUUUUCGCAAGAUGUGCUCUUUCGACGGCACUUGCAGAAAACAGUUUAAAUUUUCCGCCAGCGAAGUCACUUCCACAUGAAAGUGGUGAAAUGCCAUUUGUCAUUGUCGCUGACGACGCUUUUCCAUUAAAAACAUACUUAAUGAAACCAUUCAGCUUCCGAAAUCAAGUGAUGUCGUACAAAAUAUUUAAUUAUAGGCUAUCCAGAGCAAGAAAUGUGGUGGAAAAUGUCUUUGGCAUUUGUGCAUCGCGUUUUCGAAUCCUCAGAAGGCCGAUGGACGUUACUCCCGAACAUGCGACAGUUAUUGUUCUCGCGAUUUGUGUAUUACAUAAUUACCUAUUAAUACGCAAGUCUAUAUAUAUACGAAUGUCUGACGUAGACAAAGACACAAAUGGCAUUACCGAUCCAGGUAAUUGGCGAAUGGAGUUGGGGGAAAAUGGAAUGCUUCCAUCAGUUCGGCCAAGCAGUGUUUUAGGUAGACCAGCAGACAGCGCGAUAAAUGUCCGUGAAAGAUUUAUGGAGUAUUUCAUGACUCCUCAUGGAGAGGUUGAAUGGCAAUAUAAUAGGACAAUAUUGCAUAACUCUUCUUUGUAGUUUACUCCUAUCUUUCUCAUUUAUAAAUGUGUAAUUCUAUGAUUUAACUUAUUUUGUAAAUACAAAAUAUUUUCAUUAUACCUAUUUUAAA